UCUGGUAUCAAAAACAUAAAGGUAUUAAAGAUAAAAUCCGUCACGUUCUCGUUGAUUUCAUCCGCCACUACAUUUUUAUACCGCAGAAGACAACUGUAAACUGCACAUCAUGGAACUGAGUAUACAGUGUUUACUGAGAUUUACUACGAUAUUCUAUUUAUCAAAUCUGGCCUAUUCACUUCAAGACGAAAAGCACCUUCUUGAGACUUUGCUGACAAACUAUUCAAAUCAUGUGCGUCCUGUAGAGCAUGAAAGUACGAAGAAACCAACAAAGAUCGCGGUAACAAUCAGGCUUUUACAGAUUUUUGAACUGGAAGAGAAGAGUCAGAUUCUCACUUCAAGCGUGUUUUUACUUCAGAAAUGGAAGGACCAUCGCCUGAAAUGGAACAUGACACAAGUUGGAAAUGUUUCACAGAUUUUGCUGAGCCCAUCAAAAAUAUGGACACCAGAUAUAGUUGUUAUGAAUAAUGCUGUAAGUGAGUACAGUGGAAGGAGAGUCGGAAUGUCUGCACCAGUUCAUGUUAGUCCUGAUGGGGAAAUCAUAUGGUACAGCAACUUUAUCAUAAAGACUUAUUGCAAAAUGAAAGUCAGAUACUUUCCAUUUGAUGAACAGUUUUGCCCCAUCAAGCUCUCCUCUUGGUCUCACAACGAAACCGAGGUUGUUCUAAGAUAUGAUGAAGGAGUCUCCAAUUUAUUGCAGAAUUAUUCUGAAAAUAGCGCCUGGUCUCUCGACAAGAUCUUCUUAAGACAGGAGAAUACUUCAUUGGCCUUCAUUAAUCCAAGAACCCCUAAAACGUUGCUGAAUUAUAUCAUCAAACUAAGGCGCAAGUCUUUCUAUUACUUUGUCUAUCUGUUUUCUCCUUGUCUCCUUUCCUCUAUACUCAUGAUCAUGAUCUUUGUACUACCACCAGACUGUGGUGAGAGAAUGGUUGUCGGAAUAACAUCGAUGCUUGCUCUCACCGUUUUCUUUUUACUUGCUGCUAAGAAUAUUCCAGAAACAUCUGAGGAUGUCCCACUAAUGGGGCGAUACUAUUCAAUAACUUUGGUUACGAUGUCGAUAUCUCUUUUCUGCACAUCCAUUGUUCUUCGUUUCCACCAUUCGUCUUCAAAGGUACCAAAAUGGAUAAAGGUUUAUAUCCUGCGGCGUUUAGCCUAUCUUGUGAGAAUUAAAACCCCUCAAAACUCGAAGCCAUCGAUGAACGACGAUAAAGAAGACUUCAACCAGUAUAAAAUGAAAGGUCGCACAGUUCCAUUUCAUGGAGAGGAUAGUGGCCUCGUUUUGAUGGCAGAGCAGUUGAUUGAAGAUGCUGAGUCUGAGGCAGUGAGUGAUGAAUGGAAACUAGCUGCUAAAGUUAUUAAUCGAUUUUUUCUGUGGCUGUAUAUUGCAGCCAUAGUCUUGAGUAUUGGAGGAAUCUUCAUUCAGGUUCCUGGCUUUAUUGUCGAUAAUCAAGAAACGGUACCGGACUAUGCAACUUAGUUCGGGGGUCAAAUUAUUGAGAUUUUCAGGAACAAAUGUCACCGAUUGUUCAUUUGAUGUAAAAAGCCGUCUUUAUAACAGGUGUAAGAUUCAAUCUCAGAUCUUCUAGGUUUAUGUUUAAUAAUGACCUGACAAGUAAGCCACUUCCUCCCGAAACCAGAUAUUCGGUUUAACAAUAUAAGCACAAAUUGGUUUGCUACUUCUGAUACAUCAAUAACAAAUAUCAACGUGAAGAUUUUAUUCUUUGAAAUCUAGUUCCAGUCUAGUCGAAUUUAGAAAACAGCCGGAGGAUAAAUCUUGCUGCUUGAAUAGAUCGAAGAUACGAAUAAUUUGCAAGCAUAAAUAUAUGAAUAAGAGUUAUUGUGACAAUAUGUUUAUUUUAUAUGUAAUAAGCAUCAAUUGUUAAUCACUAGUUCAUUUUUAUCAAUAAAAGACAAAAUUAACUUUCUGUUUUUAUUUUUAUUUUGCCACUUUGAAGAAGAAAAUUCAUCUAUAUUAAAGCGGGUUAAUGUAAAGCAAGUAAAAGUCAAAAGUUUAGAAUAGAUUACUUUGUGCCCCAAGAAGA